AAAGUUACUGGCAAAAUAUUGAAACUUUUUGUUCCCGCUGAAUCAAUCGCUAUUCUAUCACCCAACCUGGUUCAAUCAAUCUGCCAUUGCACCACACACUACACAUCAUGGCCGGCCCUAAAAGAAGUCGCAAGUUCGAAAAGCCCAAGCUCGACCGACCGAGCAAGAAGCAGAAGCGCCAGCUCGCGCAGUACAACAGCGACUCUGAGGAAGAGCAAGACGACAACUUUGAUCCCGUCAACCUCCUCGACUCGGAUGACGACAUCCACAACGCCCAAGUUGACGAUGGCGCACCCUCAGUGGGCGAAUCGAGUUCAGGAGAAGAAGAGGAGACAGCGAAGAAUCCUGCGCCAAAGAAGAAGAUGUCGUUGAAGUCACAACAAAAGGCCCCUCAGUCCGCGCCCGAGUCGGCGUCGGAGGACGAGGAUGACUCGGAUUCAGAAGGGCAAGGCGAGGACGACGAUUUCGAUGAUGAUGACGACGAAGACGAAGACGACGACGAGCAGAACCCCCGACAAUCGAAGAAGAAGCGCGACAACUCUGCGUUCGCAACGUCCUUGACCAAAAUUCUCGGCACAAAACUCGCAACCUCAAAACGAGCAGACCCUGUGCUCUCCCGAAGUGCCGAGGCGCACACGGCAUCGCGUGCUAUCCUGGACAAUGCGCUGGAGGCGAAAGCCCGGAAACAGCUCCGCGACCAGAAGCGUCGUGCUUUCGAGAAGGGUCGCGUGAAGGAUGUCCUGGUGGCCAGCAGGAACGAGAAGACGGGCGAGAUGGAGGCUACCACGGCCGAGAUUAUGGAGACGGAGAGGAGGCUGAGGAAAGUGGCACAGAGGGGUGUGGUCAAGCUGUUCAACGCGGUCAGGGCGGCGCAGGUGGCCGCCACCGAGGCGGAGAAGGGCACGAGGAAGGCCGGCGUCAUUGGCAUGGAUCAACGGGAGGGCAAGGUGAACGAGUUGAGUAAGAAGGGAUUCCUGGAUCUGAUCGCCUCGGGAGGCGGAGGGUUGAAGAAAACACCCAUCGAGGAGGCCUAACGUAGUGUACUAGUCCAUGAGAUACCCGAUCACCCCCAAGCAUCUUCUUCUAUUGACACAGGUUACUUGUUACAAAUAUUGGUAUUGCAUUGAUACAAAAAGGGGUGGCGUUACCCCCCCUUCAAUUAGCUAAAGUCGCUGGCCUGCAGAUUCCUCGUCAUG